AUGCCUCAUGCCGAAUCGCCGAAUCCGCCAUCGUCGCCACCUGUCGACGACACAGUUAUGGAAGAAGCUGUAUCCGGCGCCCUCGACGAACAAGUAGAAUCGCAACAUGAGACAGCCCAAGCAUCACCAGCACCUGCAGUCAAUGAGGUCGAGAAGGCAUCGCUGGAAGACAUAAAGCCUGGUAACACCAACGUCGGCAAAGACGCAGAAGUCCUGCGCGCUUUCUACCAAAGACUCUUCCCGUUCAAAUACCUCUUCCAGUGGCUGAACCAUUCCCCGACCACGACGACCGACUUCAGCAACCGUGAAUUGGCCUUUGUCUUGCCUAACGAUGCUUACAUCCGUUACCAAUCAUUCAAUUCUGCCGAAGAACUACGCAAGCAGUGUAUCCAGCUCACUCCCACUCGUUUCGAAAUCGGUCCCGUAUACUCUGCAAAUCCCCGGGACAGAAAGACGCUACGCAACGCAAGUGCCUUCAAACCCUUGGCCAAAGAGCUGGUCUUUGAUAUCGAUAUGACCGACUACGAUGAAAUCAGAACGUGUUGUUCUGGAGCCAGCAUCUGUCAGAAGUGCUGGCAGUUCAUAACCAUGGCCAUCAAGGUUAUAGACAAGGCGCUAAGAGACGACUUUGGUUUCAAACACAUCAUGUGGGUCUACUCAGGUAGACGUGGUGCUCACGCCUGGAUCAGUGACAAGCGCGCGAGAGACAUGGACGACAACAAGCGCCGGUCAAUCGCUGGCUAUCUUGAACUUUUGAAAGGAGGUGACAAGACUGGCAAGAAGGUGAACCUGAAGAGACCUUUACAUCCGCACAUGGACUUGAAGAUCUUGAAUGGCUACUUCCAGACCGACAGCCUCACAGCGGCGUUACAAAGAAAAUGGGACAGCACACCACAUCGCAGCAGUACACAGAAAUGGGCUGACAUUGACGCUGUGGCUUCCGUCUCCGGAUCUCUGUCAAGUCUUACGCCCGAAACGCUCGUACACGCCAAACAAGACAUCCGUCUAGAAUACACGUACCCACGUCUUGAUGCCGAGGUCUCGAAGAAGCUCAACCAUCUACUCAAAAGUCCAUUCGUUAUUCAUCCGGGUACGGGCAGAGUUUGUGUACCAAUCGACGUCCGGCGGUUCGAGGAAUUUGAACCGGAGAAGGUUCCGACUGUGCAACAAUUGUUGUCCGAGAUCGACUCGUGGCAAGGCACUGACGACAAGAUUCAAGAUUGGCAAAAGACGAGUCUCAAGCCUUACAUUGAGCUGUUUAGGGAUCACGUAAACGCGAUCAUGAAGGAAGAGCGAGCUGCUGAGAAGCGAGGGCGCGAGGAAAGUGGGGAGGGCAUGGAUUUUUAG